AGGGGGACGUGUACUCUCUCGACCAGUGCGUGCAGAUGGGGAGCUGGGCGCCUCGCUGGGUACUAGCGCUGGCUGUUGCGGCGGGGGUGCGCGCUGCGCCCUGGCGGUCAGGCGAUGGCGUCACGGGGUGCAGCGUGCGGGUGACGGGAGACCUGCCCGAGCCGCAGCCCUUGCUGCUGGAGCCGCGGGGCAGCCCCGACGUGUUCGGCUUCAAGCUGCCUGCGCUGCCCGGCAACACGCUGCUCUUCCGGCGCGGCGAGGAGGUGGCGCUCUCCUGCGUCGGCGCCACGAACCACGUGACCGCGCUCGCCGCCUGCGCGCAGGACACCACCUUCGUGGUCGCCGGCGCGCGGCGCAACUUCUCCGAGCUGGCCUGCGAGCAGUACCCCUUCCACACGGCGCGCAGGACCGGCGCCCUCUGCAACGCGGGGCGCGCCACGGAGAUUGAGAUAGGCUUCUCGCUCGGUGCGAGGUUCUACCGGCUGCUGGAAGUGUGCUUCGACGAGGCGCUGCUCUCGCCCGUCUACACGAGGUUCCUCAUGGUGGCACAGAUCCGCAACUACCAGUCCCGCUUCCCGCGGCCCGCCUGGACCACCGGCGACUUCUACCGCGGCGUGUCGCCCAACUCGCGCUACGUGCGCAACCAACAGAUCGCCACCGUCGGCGAGAUCCUGGGCGACGUGGCGCUGGCGGAGAAGUACAUCUCGCGCAGCUCGGACUACUUCCUGGCGCGGGGCCACCUCGCCGCCAAGGUGGACUUCUUGUACGGCGCCCAGCAGCGCGCCACCUUCUACUACGUGAACGCCGCUCCACAGUGGCAGACCUUCAACGGCGGCAACUGGGAGCGCCUGGAGUCGAGCGUGCGCGCGUACGCGACGCUCACCGCCUCGGACCUGGUGGUGUACACGGGCGUGCACGGCGUCUCGACGCUGCCCGACGCGGCCGGCGUCCAGCGGGAGCUAUACCUGCACGUGGACGAGAACGGUAACCGCGGCAUGCCGGUGCCACGGCUGUACUGGAAGGCCGUGUACAACCCGCGCACCAGGGCUGGCGCGGUCUUCCUCGGCGUCAACAAUCCAUACGAGGCGAGCCCUGGCGCCGACUACUUCCUCUGCAGGGACGUGAGCGGCAGGAUGCCCUGGCUGCUGUGGAGCCCCGACAACCAGACCCUCGGCUUCGCGUACGCCUGCGAGGUGGACGACUUCCGGAGGGCGGUGCCCGUGCUGCCCUGGUUCCCGGUCGACUCGCUGCUCGAGUGACCACUCGCUGCUCGACUCUUCUUCGGAGCUCCAUCACUCGCUUGCCAGAUUGUAACGCCCCUCGUACCUCAAAAUUAAAUUAUUUUAAUUUUAUAAGAAAAAAACCUUGGAAACUGCUGGGCAAAAUAUUAAGAAGAAUAAAGUUAUUUACCAUAGGGGGCACGAGGUGGUGAACAAGACAAAUUUAGACUCCCUGCACACAAGUAACUUGGGAGCUAGAAGACCGUUAAAUAGAGUAAGGUAUAUAAUAAAUAAACACUUCAUAAGUAGCCUGGUCUAUAGGUUUCCAUGGUUUAUUUGAUUAGGUUUUGUUUUGGCAUAGUUUCUAUAUCACAAUAAAAGGUCUUAGCAAGUAACAAAAAGGAGGGCCGGCCCGAAAUUAUUUAAACAUAUUUAUAUUAUAUUAAUUAAACAUCGUCACAGAACAAAAAUUGAAACAUUCGACCUUAUUAGAUUCUUUCGAUGAUUACAUAAAUAACAGUCUCAUUGAUUUUACAUAUUAAAGUCGAUUAAGUUCUUAAGGCAC